CUUAACCAUUCCACCACUGGGCCUGCCCCAGAUUUCCAUUUUUAAACUGUCACCUGGAUGUGGUUUGGAGAAUGAAGUGAGGGUCUGGGGACAUGAGGCAGGGGAACCAUUGCUUGAGCAAGAAAGCUCCGUUAUGAGUCUGCCGUUUUCAUCAUCUACAUAAGUUCAUUUUGAAGGCCUGGAUUAAGGGAGAGCAGUAGAAAUGGAAAGGACGAAUGGAUUCGGAAACGUGGAGAUAAAAUCAGCAGGCCUAGAUGACUGAGUAGAUGUAGCCGGAUCAAGGGGGCUGGGCCGGAGGAGAAGUGUAAAGACGUUGAGUUUGAAGUGCCCGUGCAAUACUCAGUUGGACAAAUCCAGAGCCGUCGGAUAUUUGAAUCCAAACCUCAGGAAAGAUCUGGCUGGAGGCAAAUGUUUGGGAAUACAGGUGCUAGCUGAAGCCAGGGGCAUGGGAGAAGUACCCGUGUGAGAGGUACCAUGGAUGCAGAAAAGGAGGCAGAUGGCUCCCCGGGAAAACCACAGUUGACAGGGAUGGUGGGAGAAGAAAACAGGCGAGACCGGAGAGGGUAGUGUCACUUAAGCCAAGAGAGGAGGCAUUGGUCAGCUGUGUGAAUCCCCCGGGGCUCAGGUGACAGAAAGGAUUGAACAAGCUAAAGCUUCAGGGAUGAGAAAUGACUCCCAUCCUCCCUCUGCAGCAUCACAUCUAAACUCCUUAUCUAAUGCUGCAGGCACCUACCCCACUCGCUUCCUCAUUCCUCCCCAACAGCACCUCUUCUCAGGGGCCCACAAAGAAGCCACGCCAUUCAUACGCUCACUUUUCAACCCUUUCCUGGAACGCCCCGCUCCUCACCCCUUCACUUGUCUAAGUCCCGUCCAGCCUUCCAGGCCCAGCACAAGUCCUGUUUCCCCCACGGCUGCCCCAGCGUGCCCUGAGUGAGCUCUGCUCUCUAGAGACCUGUUUGUAUUUCACUCUACUUGACACUUGAUUCCAUGCAGUCUGCUGAUGUUGGCUGUUGAUUCAUGAAGUUUGACUCUUCUCAUAAGCUGUUUGAGGUUGCGUGCCCGUCCGGCCGUGCUGUGGAGCCAUGACCACCGCCAUCCUGGAGCGCCUGAGCACCCUGUCUGUGAGCGGGCAGCAGCUGCGCCGUCUGCCCAAGAUCCUGGAGGAUGGGCUUCCCAAGAUGCCGUGCACCGUGCUGGAGACAGAUGUGCCCCAGCUCUUCCGGGAGCCUUAUAUCCGCACGGGCUACCGGCCCACGGGACACGAGUGGCGCUACUACUUCCUCAGCCUCUUUCAGAAACACAACGAGGUGGUCAAUGUCUGGACCCACUUGCUGGCGGCGCUGGCUGUCCUCUUGCGAUUCUGGGCCUUUGCCGAGGCUGAGGCCUUGCCGUGGGCCUCUCCCCACGCCCUGCCCCUGCUCCUCUAUGUCCUGUCCUCCAUCACUUACCUCACCUUCAGCCUCCUGGCCCACCUGCUGCAGUCCAAGUCGGAGCUCUCCCACUACACCUUCUACUUUGUGGACUAUAUUGGCGUGAGCGUGUACCAGUACGGCAGUGCCUUGGUUCACUUCUUCUACAGCUCUGACCAGGCCUGGUACGAGCGCUUCUGGCUUUUCUUCUUGCCAGCGGCUGCCUUCUGUGGCUGGUUGUCUUGCGCUGGCUGUUGCUAUGCCAAGUAUCGUUACCGGAGGCCUUACCCAGUCAUGAGGAAGAUCUGUCAAGUGGUCCCUGCAGGGCUGGCCUUCAUCCUAGACAUCAGCCCUGUGGCACACCGAGUGGCCCUGUGCCACCUGGCUGGGUGCCAGGAGCAGGCUGCCUGGUACCACACGCUCCAGAUCCUCUUCUUCCUGGUCAGCGCCUACUUCUUCUCCUGCCCGGUCCCUGAGAAGUACUUCCCGGGUUCCUGUGACAUUGUGGGCCAUGGACAUCAGAUCUUCCACGCCUUUCUGUCUGUCUGCACACUAUCCCAGCUGGAGGCCGUCCUCCUGGACUACCAGGGGCGGCAGGAGAUCUUCCUGCAGCGCCACAGCGCCUUGUCCAUCUACAUGGCCUGUCUCUCCUUCUUCUUUUUGGCCGCCUGCAGCGCUGCCACCGCAGCCCUCCUGAGGCACAAAGUCAAAGCCAGACUGACGAAGAAAGAUUCCUGAGGCUGGGAGGUGGGGAAAGGUGUGGAGGUGGCCCACUGUGAUUCCGGAAAACUUGAUACGACAAUAGGUGUUGACUUUUUGUUUUUAAGAGUUGGCUUUUAAAUUAAUACGUAUUUCCAAGGGUAUGCUAUGACUAUGGCAUUGGAAAGCCAAAGGAUUCAAGAGUUUUGUUGUUGCUAUCAUUGUUAAUAAAAGGAGUAUUCCUUGUCCCUCUGGGUCAUAGCCUUAUAAGGAACAGGAAGGGAAGGGACCUUGGCUAAGAUUCAUGGAACACUGAAUUAAAGAGAACCAUCUUCAUGCCUGAAAAUUUAGUAGAAUUCUGAAUUGGACUAAAGUGUAAGCAGGUGGCUGGUCCACACUCUGUUGGAAUGGCCAUCUUACUAUGCUGCUCUUUGGUAAUUGAAUAAAUUGACCCAAGGACCUGAUUUCAUAUUGUCCAGGGUGGAGAAGUCAGAAUCUUCAAGAUGAUUCAGUGAAACCCUUAGACGUAAGGAACUACUCAGUUUACCUGAUUUCUGGUCCCUUCUCUCUCACCUGUUCUAACACUGACCCUUCUCUCAGGAUGACAUCUGCCUGGCUGUUUCUCUGAAGAGCUGUUCACUCCCAUCCGUACCUUGCAUUGUAAUAUAGAGGACCAGGAAGCAGUCAUCCUUCCAGGAAAUGCUUGGAUCCAUGUGGACAUUCAGGAAGCUUAUUCUCAUAUAAUACUGAUGUAAACGGUACUAGAAAGUUCAGUGCCAAGAGCCAAGAGGCCUAACCAACAAGCAUGGAUACUGUUUGGUGUCAUGGGACCCUUCUGUUUUCAUACCUGUGGACUGCAGGAUUGCUUAAGAUCUCUUAGGGCUGCCUUACAGGACAAGAUAUCGGGGGCUUGCCCCAGGGAACCUUCUCCAGAUUUUGACCAUCUUCAAAAAGCCCCUGGUAGAGUGAAUUGGUUCUUCUUUUUUUUUUUUUUUUUUUUUUAGGAGAUUAGCCUUGAGCUAACUACUGCUAAUCCUCCUCAGUUUGCCGAGGAAGAGUGGCCCUGAGCCAACAUCCAUGCCCAUCUUCCUCCACUCCAUACAUGGCUUUUGGCAAACGUUGCCAUGUCUGCACCUGGGAUCCGAACUGGCGAACCCCGGGCCGCCAAGAAGCGGAACAUGCAAAUUUAACCGCUGCGCCACCGGGCCGGCCCCUGAAUUGGUUCUUAGAGUCCCACUAAGGAUCUGAUUAUUUCAAGAGGAAUCCAAAGUCCAGCCUCUUAAAUAGAUGCUGCCCCAUGCAGGACUCAUGUAACCACCCUAGUUCAGGGCUCUCAGAUAGGCAGUUGUGCCUCAAUUUAGAGCAGAACCCUUAAAAUAAUCAAACCCCAGGACAGGCGAGCUUGUGUGCUCACUGUGGGUUGGUCCUUGAAGGUUCCUUUGGGUAAGAAUGGUGAACUGGACACCUAGUAGGUGGAAUGCUCUGCUUGGAACAUCACCGUCCAGCAGCUUCUAUGGCAGGUGGCACUUGACGUGUCCUGGCCACGCAGCCUGCUCUGAGGACUGACUUCCGCACUGAUCCAAUGAAGGGGGCUGCGUUGAUCAAAGCACCGUGGAAGCCUUCUCCACAGGGGCCACUUUUCCUGUCAGUAUGAAGUCCCAAUUGACCAAAAAGAGAAGUGGUUCAUUUUCACUCCAGUUUGAUGAACCUCUGUUACCAGGGUACUUUAUUGUCUUCAAAUCUUUGUUUUACCUUUCCCUGAGAGAUUUGUGGGGUUUGUGCCUUAUAAAUGGGAACAUAUAAACACUUUACUUACUA